AUGCGGUCGAAUGAGCGGCAUAAAAGGCGCAGUUCCGCACGGACUUGGGCGGCUCCCUGUUCCUUCUCCGCCUCCGCCUCAUUGCGGCAGGGCAGUUCGCAGCAGCAGGCGUCACUGACGCCACCAACACCAUCGAAGUCUUUGUUUAUGAAUAUUGUAUCCGCACAUGCCAGCAACCAUGACGGCAUCACGCAUGCGAGCAGGACCGAUGCAGUCUCGAGGGUUGUGUUCUCAGCUACGGAGAUAAAGGGCGAGACAUCAGCCGUAUCUUUCUUAACGCACGAGGGGGGGAAGGAGCCUACAGGAACACGUAAGAAAAGCACUGACACGUCAGUGAACAAUCAUAGUAGCAACAAUAAUGGUGCAGUCAGCAUUUCCAUCAAGAGCAAUAGCAAUACGAACAACAUAAGCGGCUUGCCACUUCGACCGAAGUCUUUUGUUCCGUUGGCGUCCCCGCGACUGGCGAAGAUGUCAUUCACACGGAGUCAUGAGAGAGCGGGGUCGAAGGUGCGAUCACUGGCAUCGAUUGCGGUAUGCAAGACGGAGAGAGGCUUUGGGAAGGAGACGGCACACUCUGGGAAUGAGCAGGCACGCAAAGAGCAGCGCCGACGAGAGCUAUACGCAUGGAACAAAGAACUGCGAUUGCGGCAGCAGACGACAGUGGCUGUGGAUGCGGUGUAG